UUUGAUGUUAAAUGUGUUUGAGGUGCACUGACUACAGAGGCUCAUGAUGGGGGGGAAAAGGAUAAUCCAUCAAAAACUAGGAGGAGACUCAGUGAUAAGUGAACUGAAGUAAUGAGGAACAUAUUGAACUCACUGAGUAUUACAGUCAGGCUGCAAGUCAAGUUUGUGGUGAUAAAAAGAAAUGCUCAUUUAUGUCAGGUCUUCUGACCUUAAACUUUUGUUAAACAAACAUCAAGAAAUGAGUUCAGCGUAGCCAAAUAUCCCCUGUGCCGUCAUCUGAAGUGACUGGAUUUAGUGUAUAUUUAGGACCCAAAUGUUUGCCUUUUUGGAGGACAGUGAGUGUGAUGGGAACUGCACAUUCGAUUCAUCACCUGCAUUUAUUUACUGAAGAUAAAAACACAGCAACAGUUACGGCCAUCGCUACCCAUGAGCCUCUUGGGGCAGCAGACGUCCAGCUCCGAUUUGACUGUGGAUCUCCUAAUAGGAUUAUCUGUUCUCAGCUCAGGAGAAAGGCUGAGGGAGAAAUGAACCAAACACGAACAGCAAAUUAUAAGAAUGUAUUUGAUUUUUCAUUAACAAUGACAAAUCCGCUGCUUUGACUGUGAAGAGGAUUUAAACGACUCAAUCUGUUUAUUUUACCUGACUAAAACACUUGGAUUAUUUUUGCGAAGACGCAAUGAACACUCAGCCGGAUGCAGAGACAAACAGCUACUGUCCUUCCAUCAUGCUGGACAGUGAGGACAGUGAGGAAGAAAGCAGCCAAGAGGAGCUACCGGUCACAAGCUGGAAUGAGCUGUCCAUCAUUGAGCGUGUGGGCCUCAACAGUGUGGAGAUGUCAGAGAAAGAUUUGGAGACGGCCUUCUCUCAGAUCGCCCUGGCGUUUCGCUGUGACCAGUACACCCUGAAGCAGAGGCUGCAGGCGGAGGAACACGCCCGCAACCUGGCAGAAGAGAACAUCCAGCUGGAGCUGACCAGAGGCAGAGAGACCCUGGAGACACUGAAGGGACUGUGUCUGGACAGCAAGCGCAGUAAGAUCCUGCAGAGGCUGGAGCUGUCCCUGGACAUCCUCAGUGGGACGGUGGAACGAAUCUCCAACACAGCUGAGGUGCUCGGUGCUGUGCACCAGGAGGCUCGAGUGAGUCGGGCUGUCGAGCUCAUGGUGGCUCACGUGGAGAAUCUGAGGAGACGACAUGACAGAAACGUGGCUGAGCUGGAGGAGGCCAAGAAGGUGAUCCAGCAGCAGAACUCCUGCAGAAACAUCGUCGAUCCCAGAGCAUCUCCAGAUCCAGAGGAAAGUGAAAAUAGAAGGAAAAGCUCUCAGCAGAAUAGCGGUCGUCGAAGGGUCAGUGUUUCAGUAAUUUCCAGCAAAACCCAGGAGAAGAUAAAGAGAGAUUUGAAGAAGCGGGCUGCUCAUGGAAGAUCCUCCAGCGAGAAGUCCAUCCGCUCCUGCCCGUCUCCAUCUCAGAGCUCCGAGUCCAGCUGCUCUGCCAUGACCAAGGACGACUGCUACUCAGUGGAUGACAGGCCAUUGGAUGCAGAAGAGACUCAGUCAGAAGCUUCAGUUGUUCAGCUUCCUCUGCAGUCCUCUCCCAUCCCCAACCCAGAGUGCCUGCCAUCAAAACUACUGACCACCGGGAAGAUGCAAAGCAAAAAUUCCCCCCCGGAUACAUUGCGACAGAGACACAAGGGCAGAUCUUCCUUAUCAAAGAAAAAAGCAGACAAGGAAAAAAGGAGUAAGAAUAUUUAUCGACGAUUCUCUCUGGCCUCGUAUGGAUCUUCGUGGAGGCAACGUCCCCUGGCUCGCUGGUUGUAUCGCUGUCGCUGGGCGCUCCUCUGCAUGUACCUCUUUGUGCUUUUCUGUGUCAUAACGCUGACCUAUUUCUUGUUGGAAGCUUCAUGAUGGAGCUUCUGUUUUCUGGAAUAUAGCUGAAAUACCUGUGUCAGUGUGGAGAGCUCUUUGUAUGGGAAUACAAAACAUUUUGAUU